CAUAUAUUAUUAUAACAUCGUCAUUAAAUAACUUCAUUGGUCUGACAUGUUAUCGUCUCUAUUUUACUUUUGUCAUAUGAUCACUAUUUUCAUCUGAGAAAUGGAUUACUUGCUUUGAUGCGUGCUGGGAGUUCUCACGGUUGUUGCCAGCCUUACCUGACCGUGAAAAGUUUUGCUAUUCUAGUUUUGCAGGGCUAUGUAUUUUGUAUUGUUCUUUUACACACGGAUGGAAUUAAAGGCGACCUCGUAUAUAUAAGGAUUUAAAUGAGAUCUCUGGUAUUUUGCAUGUAUAAAUUCUCAACCAAGUUGAAGUUCCAAGGUUAAUAUGUGAAAACGUUUUUCUUCCUCUGGAACUUAAUAUAUUAUGUCGAAAACCUUUUAAAAAGCUCUGUCCGGGUUAAGUUUUUGUUAUGUCCUUCUUUUUCUUUGAAAAAGAAAUGAAUCUUCUUGAUGAAUUUUAUUUUGUUAAAAAUGUUUCAGCAGUUUCCUUAUAAUUUAGCCAGAAUUUUGUUCACCAAAUUGUCAUAUUUUUCGGCAAAUGUUUCUAAAGAUUCUUUUUUCUUGCCUUAUUCACGGUAGUUGUUGUUCAACUUCUUUUCUUUAAAAAACAAAGGGAAUCAAAUUUUCAAAAGAAUUGUGUCCAAUAAUAGACGCCAGUUAUUCUUUUCCACAGACAAGACGGUUUCAUGCCAAUUUAAGGAUAUGGAUGCAUCAAGGCUAUGGUAUGACAUGGCAUGCUUAUCAGUUUGGUAAUUUCCUGUGAAAGGAUUUUGUUUCAUCUGUAUUAUGUGCUUACUUGCAUCAUAACGGUGGUGCACACACAGUUUCCUAUCUGCAUCCACAUGCAACACUUUGAAUUAGACUGCCAGAGCAAUAUCAACUUUGCACCAUCUUCUCCCACAACUAAAAUAAUGAUUUCGUGCACAAUAAUUGUAUUAUACGAAUACUGUGUCUAAGUGGAACUAGCAGAGUCUGACACUAUAAAAGUUGGUUACCUUUGUUUUCAUUAAAUCAGCAAUCUGUUUUGGCUUCGGAAGCCAAAUAUUUUAGUCCUGGGUUAAAGUGCUAUCUUAUUGACUUCCCGGUGGAAAGCUUACAUCUUGAAUUCUCUCUUUUAAGUCGAAGGCUUAGUUUACCUGGGAUAAAACUUUUGGCAAUAUAUUAUCUGUCUUAUUCACUACUAGUGUCACAAGGACUAUAAUAUUGGUAAGUUCUGCACUUAUACAGUUGCAGGAUAUCAAUAAUGACUGCAACGGUGCAACUACAAAUGUUUAAUAAUUCUUGAGCUAUAAUGUCAAUAAUCUGUACCGUUUCACAUUAUUAUGUUUACUUUUUAUUUAUUUUUUUAUUAUUUUUAUGUAUGAUCAAUCCCUUAUACUAGCUUGCAUUCGCCUUUUGUAAUUGAUAUUUAUCUGUAAUUUAAUUUAAUUCUUAACCUGUUUAUGCAUUUAGGCCUUCUAUUUCUCUCUUUAUGUCAGCUUUUAAAGCAGGUGGAAAGUGAGCAGCUUGGCAGGACAUUAUAUUAUGGUAUGAUAGGAAAAUAUCUGACCACAUCUGAGAGGGCUCUAACAAUAUCUGUUACUAGUUAGUGUUGAUGUUGUCCUUGUCAAGAGAAGCCUUGCCUCUACAUGCUUCACGCUUAGCUCUGAGGAAUUUGCUGUGGGCAACUUCAAAGCAUGAUGUAUACCUUAUGCAAAACUACUCAGCGAUGCAUUGGUCCUCAGUACUACGAAGGGGUAAAGAAGUGCUCAACGUAGCCAAACCAAUUAUUCCAACCCUUAAGCGUCCUGGAUUUUUAGCUCAGCCUGUCUCCAGAGUUCAAAUAAGCACCAUGACUGUUAAGGAAAAUUUGAUGGUGGCAGGUGGUUUCCAGGGUGAACUUAUUUGCAAGAAUUUGAAACAUCCUGGAGUUUUAUUCUGUGGUAAAAUAAGUACUGAUGAUAAUGCCAUAACCAAUGCUGUGGAUGUUUUCCGCAAUCCAGCUGGGUCGUUGAGGGUCAUCACAGCAAAUAAUGAUUCCCAAGUCCGGGUUUUUGAUGCAGAAAAUUUUGCUUCUCUUGGUUGUUUCAAGUAUGAUUGGUCUGUUAAUAAUACUUCUGUUAGUCCGGACGGAAAGUUGUUGGCUGUUCUUGGGGACAGUACCGAGUGCUUGAUAGCUGAUGCUAACACCGGGAAGAUUACUGGGAGCCUAAAAGGGCACUUGGACUACUCUUUUGCAUCGGCUUGGCACCCAGAUGGACGAAUAUUGGCCACUGGGAAUCAGGACACAACAUGCAGGUUGUGGGACAUAAGAAAUCUUUCACAAUCUAUGGCUGUGUUGAAGGGAAGAAUGGGUGCAAUAAGAGCCUUGAGAUUCACAUCUGAUGGACGGUUUUUGGCCAUGGCCGAGCCAGCAGAUUUCGUCCAUAUUUUUGACUCGCAUUCUGGUUAUGUACAAGGUCAAGAGAUAGAUCUAUUUGGCGAGAUUGCUGGUAUAUCCUUUAGCCCAGACACAGAGGCUCUAUUUGUGGGUAUUGCUGACCGAACCUAUGGUAGCUUGUUAGAGUUCAUCAGAAAACGUCACAAUUAUUACCUUGACUCCAUGUUUUAA